AUGGGUGCGGUGAAACUCUUAGGCAUCGAGGGAGGGGGGACGACGUGGACCGCGAGAGCGACCUCGAUCGACGUCGACGCCGGUGACUCCAUGAGCGCCACGACGGUGUCGCGGGUGACGACGGACGUCCCGAGGGAGUGCGUCACGGAGGUUUUUAACACGACGACGCCGACGGAGACGUUAGGAGCGAUCCGAGCUUGGAUCGAGGUCAACGCCCGGGACGCCGACGCGAUCGGGGUGGCGACGUUCGGACCGGUGGAGCUCAAUCCGGCCAAGGAAAAGUACGGGUACAUCACGACGACGCCGAAACCAGGGUGGGAAGACGUGGACGUUUUGGGCGCUCUGUUCGGACCGCGAGGAGAGGAGGAGGGUGGUGAGCCUUGGGUCGGUAAGGCGCGAUUGAAAACGCCGAACGACGUGCCGUUGGCGUUCGACACGGAUGUGAACGCGCCGGCGGCGUUGGAACACAGAGCGCUGCGCAGGGAACUCCAGAACGUGCAUCGAGCGGGUGGAGAGUCGUGCUGUUACGUCACCGUGGGCACCGGCGUGGGUGUGGGGGUCGUAGCGAACGGACGCCCGGUGCACGGGAUGUUACACCCCGAGGCGGGGCAUAUGCACGUGCGUAUGAUGGAUGACGAGACAUUUCCAGGCACCUGUCCCUUCCAUGGCAAUUGCGUGGAAGGCAUGUGCGGGAGCAACGCCUUGGCCAAGCGCCGAGGCGUCAAGCCCGCCGAUCUCGUCACGCUUCCAGAUGACGACGAGAUUUGGGAUCAGUGCGCGCAUUACCUCGCUGGUCUAUGCGCCAACCUCAUCUUGACGCUAGCUCCCGAGCGCAUCGUCCUCGGUGGUGGCGUCAUGCAGCGCGAGUGUCUCUUUAGCAAGAUUCGCGCAAAGACCCGAGAACUCUUGAAUGGGUAUCUUUCCGUCGAGCAGAUCACCGACGACGAUCACCUUCGACACUUCAUCGUCCCUCCGGCGUGGGGGUAUGAGACCGGAAUCAAUUCGGCGCUCUUCCUCGCCGAGAAUGCUCUCAAGCGAGAGGUCGCGUGA